GUGCAUUAGUAAAUGAAACAACUUCAAACUUUUCUUUUCCCUCCAUUUUCCAUUCACACCUCUUAUCUAAUUAGAUAAAAAUUACCCAACACAUACCGUCUCCAUUAUGUGAACUGUAAAGUUGUUCUUGUUUACUCCAAUCAGAGCAAAUAAACAAAUUGGUGCAUUUUAAAUAAAGUGAAAACUGUCCAUCACAAGAAAGAAAAAGAUACUAAAGAAAUACAUUAAUCGAAUGAAAAUGGAUGGAGUAUUAUUAUCCCUAGUAUUCUUCAACAUAACUUGACAGAUCUGAUUCCACGCAACCAACUGGCAUUGAGUUAGUUUUUUACUUAAUAAGUCAAACAAUUUAUAUAUUGAUAACCACUAAGGCACUAACAUGGUGUUGGAAAUUAAUUAAAGGUGUUGAAAACUCUAUGAUACUCGAGUACUAAGUUUAAAUCUCUCUAGCUAUAUUGAUAUCAUUUUGAUCUUUUUAAUUUAUUGAUUAUUUUUAAUUAAUCCUCUCUACUCCUCUCUCCUUCUUGCCAUCAUUUCCACAAUAUUCUGAUUCUUGAGUAGUUGAUAAUGGCAGCUUAUAGUGCUGUAAUUUCUCUUCUUCGAAUUCUUGAGGAACGAAAUCCAGAACUCAUUCACAGUCAAACUGCUAAAGCGCUCGAAUCUCUUCAUGCAACUGCUGAAUAUUUCCAAAAAGUUCUUGAAGAAGCUGACAACAGUAGGUUUGACACUAAAAAAGUCUAAAUCUUUUGAGGAAAGAAUAAGAGUUGCUGCUAGUUAUGCAGAAGAUGUUGUUGAGCUGAAGAUUUAUCAAAUCAUUAAAGGCUCAAGCUGGACAUUUGGAAUUUUACAACACGAGGAUUUGCUACCAGUUGUUGAAAAAAUGGAUAUAACAAAGAAAGAAGUGAUGGAGAUUGUUUCUGACUUGAGCACUAGUACUCAUGAUGCUGAUGAUGAUCAAACUCUUGUAUUACCUGGGGAUUCCUUGAUUGGCACUUCUUCAAUAAGUAAUCAAAUGCUGUCAAAUUUGGAAGAUGAUACCAUGCAGGGACUUGACGAUGACAUGGAGAUCAUAGUUAAGAGAUUGACAGGACCACUGUCGGAUCUAGACAUUGUCACAAUAUGUGGCAUGGGUGGCAUCGGUAAAACAACGCUUGCUAGAAAAGCUUAUGAUCAUCUCGCAAUCAGGUAUCAUUUUGACAUUCUUGCUUGGGUUACAAUAUCUCAAGAAUAUCGAAGUAGAAAUGUGUUAUUAGAUGCUUUACAUUGCAUUUCAAAGCACACAAAUACUGUCAACAGAAAAGAUUAUGAAACGAAGGGUGACGAUGAGUUGGCCGAUGUGGUGCAGAAAAACCUAAAGGGUCGAAGAUACCUUGUUGUUGUUGACGAUAUUUGGAGUACGGAUGUUUGGGAUAGUAUAAGAGGAAUAUUUCCUAAUUACAACAAUGGGAGUCGAAUCUUAUUGACUACUAGGGAAACAAAGGUAGCGAUGUAUGCAAAUACUAGCAGCCCUCAUGAGAUGAACCUCUUGACUUUAGAAAACAGUUGGAAGUUACUUCGUGAUAAGGUGUUUGGACCAAAACAUGAUCAUCCUCCUGAGUUGGAAGAAAUUGGAAAGAAAAUAGUAGAAAAAUGCCAAGGACUACCCUUGACGAUUUCGGUGAUUGCUGGACAUCUAUCUAAAACGGCCAGGACAUUAGAAAGUUGGAAGGAUGUUGCCCAAUCAUUAGGUGAUAUAGUUGCUGGUCAUCCAGAUAAAUGCUUAAGAGUGCUCGGUUUGAGUUAUCACCACUUGCCUAAUCACCUCAAACCUUGCUUUCUUUUUAUGGGUGGUUUCGCGGAGGACUUUCAGGUUGAUACUUGGAGAUUGAUCCAAUUAUGGAUCGCGGAAGGUUUUAUAAGAACGUCAGGAAGUGGGUUGGAGGAAGUGGCAUUAAAUUAUUUGGAGGAUCUUAUCAGUAGAAACUUGAUAAUGACUAUAAAAAGGAGAUUCAAUGGUGAAAUAAAGAUAUGUGGAAUGCAUGAUCUACUGCGUGAAUUCUGUUUGAUAGAAGCUACAAUGACAAAGUUUAUGCAUGUUGAGAGAACUAACUCUACUCUUUCAUUAACACAAAAGCAUAAUGUUCGUCGCUUCAGUUUUCAAACCGAGGAUUAUUUGGUUGGUGAUUGUUGCAAGAUAUUACCCCCUGUUGCCAGAUCUAUCUACGUAUUUUCUCUAUUAAGACGACCUUUUACAACCCAUUACAACCUUCGUCAUAGGAUGAGGAUGAGGUUGAGGAACCUUUUAUAUUCAGAUAUUACACAACAUCCUACAAUACUUGAAGUUUUCUCUCGUUUCAACCUUCUCAGGGUAUUGGCCAUCUUCACUGGUGCGUUCCAUUCAUUUCCACUAGCGAUUACAAAGUUAUUUCAUUUGAGAUAUCUUGCAGUAAAAUGUGGUGGAAACCUUGCUGCAUCAAUUUCAGAGCUUCAGAAUUUACAAACUCUAAUUCAUGCACAAUUUCGUUCAGUUAUAACUUCAUUACCGGGGGAGAUAUGGAUGAUGAAGAACUUGAGGCAUAUACAUCUAGAGAGAAACAGUUAUUUACCCAGUCCUAGAAGAGAAAGUAUCCUAAAUAAGCAUAUUGUGACGGGGAUGCCAAAUCUAGAGGAACUUUCUGGUGUCUGUUCCACUAGUUGUACAAAAGAAGUCUUUUUCCGGAUGCCCAAUCUAAAGAGAUUGAUUGUCUAUAAAACUUCUUUAAGAGCAGAUGUUAAGGCCAAUCAACUCAUUGAUAUGUCUAGCUUGACAAAACUCGAAGCGUUGAAAUGUGUUAGCUAUGCUUGUGAGUUAUCCAUCAAGAGGUUUGGUUUCCCAACAUCACUUAAGAGGUUGACUUUAGCUGGCUCAUUUUGUUUUCCUUGGGAAGACAUAUCAACUCUUGUCAUGUUGCCAAAUCUUGAAGAGCUCAAACUUAAAAGGUAUGCUGUCAGUGGUCCAAUAUGGAGAUUAAGUGAUGAAGACAAGUUCGAAAGCCUAAAGUUAUUGUUACUUAGUGAGCUAGAUUUUGAGCGUUGGGAAGCUAGUAGUGAUAACUUCCCAAAUCUAAAACGCCUUGUUCUCAAGAAUUGUCGCUGCCUGGAAGAAAUCCCAACAGAUUUUGGGGAAAUUUGUACUUUGGAGUCAAUUGAGUUACAUAAUUGCAGCACUGCUGCUGAGGGUUGUGCAAGAAAUAUUGAACAAGAACAUGAAGAGUACAUGGGAAAUAACUCCCUUAAGGUCUACAUCCAUAGCAGUCACAGUAAAAUUUAGAUCUCUCUAUUUUAUUCCAUCUCUGUUAAAGUAUAAUUACCUCCUUGAAAUAAGCAUGUUAAUACAUGU